AUCUUAUUGUGACAAUAGAACAAUCAUUACAAACUUAAUAUUUCAACUUUGAUCAAAGGAAGAAGCUUAAUUACAAAGAUAAAAUAAAAAUGGUGGAAAAGAAAGUUGUGAUUAUAGGAGGUGGUGUUGCUGGUGCUGUCCUUGCUAAAACUAUACAACAUCAUGCUAAUGUCACUCUUAUUGAUCUGAAGGAGUAUUUUGAGAUUCCAUGGGCAAGUUUGAGGGCAAUGGUGGAGCCAUCCUUUGCAGAAAGGACAGUAAUCAACCAUAGAGAAUAUUUCACAAAAGGUGACCUUGUUAUAUCAAGUGCCAUCAACAUAACUGAAUCUGAAGUCUUCACGGCUGAUGGCCGUGAAUUUGCCUAUGAUUAUCUUGUUAUCGCAACUGGUCACACAGAAUCUAUCCCUAAAACAAGGACUGAAAGACUUGACCAAUACAAAGGAGAAAAUACGAAGAUAAAAUCUGCACGUUCGGUUCUGAUUGUUGGUGGAGGUCCAACUGGUGUUGAGCUAGCAGCAGAGAUUGCUGUUGAUUUUCCUGACAAAAAAGUUACAAUAGUGCAUAAAGGAUCAAGAUUGCUAGAAUAUAUUGGACCAAAAGCUUCAAGAAAGACAUUAAAAUGGCUUAAAUCAAGGAAAGUUGAUGUAAAACUCGAACAAUCAGUUGACUUAGAUUCCUUCACAAAUGAAAAUAGGACAUAUCAAACUUCAGUUGGAGAGAGUAUAGAAGCAGAUACACAUUUUCUAUGUAUAGGGAAACCACUAUCCACAGCAUGGCUAGGUGAAACUUUAUUGAAAGAUGAUUUGGAUGGUCAUGGAAGGAUCCAAGUUGAUGAAUACUUGAGAGUGAAGGGAAGGAACAACGUUUUCGCUAUUGGAGACAUUACAGAUAUUCAAGAAAUAAAACAAGGAGUGUAUGCACAAGGUCAUGCUCAAUUAGUUGCCAAGAAUCUGAAGCUAUUGAUAGAAGGAGGAGCGAAAGAACGUAAAUUAGGUACUUACAAGGCACAACCAGCCAUAUCUAUUGUUUCACUUGGAAGAAAACAUGGUGUUGCACAAUUUCCUUUCAUGACAAUUGUUGGAAGGCUUCCUGGUAUGAUCAAAUCAGGAGAUUUGUUUGUUGGGAAAACAAGAAAGGGAUUAGGACUUGAACCUAAUGUUAAAAAAUCUUAAUUUGAUAUUGUGUGCAUAUGAUUAUUCAACUCAUUUUUCCUGGUUAUUAUUUGUGUAUGUGUGUGUUCAUCUUGUGUUUUCUUUCAGAUUGUAUUCCAUUGAAUUCCAAUGUACCUGCAGUUGUAUUUGUUUAUCAUUUUGAAUUUUGUAAGUUUUGUGAAUGGAGGCUUUUGUAAGUGAUGUAUAUUUACCUUUACAUAAUAGAUGAUUUGAAUUAUUCCUUUUUUGGGCUGAAA